CCUCUCUUCGCUGAUGCGACGAGGUGAUGCUUGGGCGGCGGUGCCAGUUGAAAGAGGGGCAGCGAAGGCGGUGUGGCCGAGGGCGUCAGGUAGCCCGUGCGGGGCUCCGGCUUGGUCCCGGAUCCUUCCCAGAACCGUACAGCAAUCUGCCUCUUAGAAAAGCCGAAAGGAAAGCAAGUCAGAUUCCAGGCUGCGGCCAGGUGUUGUCUUCCGCCGUUGCUCGGCACCCGCCGCCGCCGCUGUCGCCCUCCCCCACCCCCUCUGGCUCCGAUCCCAAAGGGGUGGCGCUGGCGGGGAGGUGCCCGGGCGCUGGGUUGGCGGUCCGCGGACGGGGACGCGAGGCUCUCGGAGCCCCAGCUCGGCUCCCCGCGGCUGCUCGCUGCAGCCGCGGCUGCAUUCAGCACCGAGAGUCUGGUUUUGACACUUGGAAUUUCAACUGCCAUUGUGUGGCCACAAGAGAAGCUAUGAUAAAAGAGGUGACGGUGACCAUGAUGGGUGAAAAAUACCAGCACCUUGACAACAUCCAUGAGGCGCAGGCUCGGAUUGUCCCAACUGACGUAGACUUCACCAUAGCUGUGCGUAGCCCUGGGAGCUCAUCACAAAGCACGCUUCCUCCUACAACACGGAGAAAUGCAGCGGAUGCCGAGCUGAGGACAGAGGAGAACCUGAGUGAUGAUGGCCCCGCUCUAUGGAACAAUACAUGUUCUUUGUUUGGCUUUAGUCUGUUGGAGUUAGGGUGUCUGUGACAACAAACCAAAAGUGAUCUAACUGGUACAGAUGGCACAGGAAGAAAGCCUCCAGCAAGAGAGUCGUUCGUUCUCAGAACAGACAGGAGAUAUGAGCACUUCGGUUGCCGGUCCGGUCAAAUUAAUGAAAACCUGUUGGCUGAAUCUAUACCAGCAAACAAAGUGGAAUGAGGCCCUCCGCAGCCCCCUCUCUGCCUUUCCCAGAUAUAACAAACUACUUUUUUCAAGAAUAUGAAUCAAAUUAAGGAAAGCAUGUGUCUUUGAGUCUGGACAUAUCAUAAUUUCAAACUUUACUGAAUCAUUAUAUACACUGCCUAGAAGACAUUUGCAAAUUAGAUAGUAUUAUAGGACUGGAGGGAUGGCUUAGUGGUUAAGGCGCUUGCCUGUGAAGCCUAAGGACCCAGGUUCGAUUUCCCAGUACCCAUGUAAGU